GGAACAGCAGAGUCCACACCAUAACGAUAACAAUAUAGAGGAUCUAUAUAGUUGGAAUCACUUUCACAAUAAUUUUUUUUUUUUCAUUAUAAAAACAUUGAUCCUGCUUUAAAGCAUUUAAUGCAGCAAACAACAAAACUGAAGUGUGCUUAUUAUGAACAGAACAUGAUUAUGCAUCGGUGUGGACACUAAUAAAGUUAUCAUUAUAGUUAUUGCACUUGGUGUGAACGGGCCUUUAUAGCUUAUUAUGCUGGAAGUACGUUUAGUAUAAAUGUAAUUCAGCUUUGAAACCAAAUGAAAGUGUGUAAAUGACAGAAUUUUAAUUUUUUGGUGAAUUAUAUGACUUCUUGACCCCAGGUUUGACCUUCACCCAAUUCAAUUCAGCUUGAGUUUUGUAUCCGAAAAGCUUUACACUUACAGUGGGACUUUUAUUGAUUUCAUAUGAAGUGUGUGACAAACAGCAAGAUUGAUUGAAGCUUUUAAUUGGGUUCGGUGCUUUAACACCACUGCUGUGGUUUAUUCUGAGUUUUCUUAAUGAAUCACUUCCUCCGAGGGUCCAGCGACUGUGGGAUUGAUAGUCGUGGGGGUUGCCAUGGAGACGAGACCAGCAGACUCUGAUCACAUUGACUGUCGAUGAUGGCUGUAAUUUAAAAUAACAAGCUUUCCUGUGUUGCACCAGGAGGAUGAUUGCUCCCAUUAUGGUGACACCUCCACUGUGCUGAGAUCUCUUUCACAAUUAUCAAUCAGAUCCUGCUCUGUGUGGCAUUCCUCCAGCUCUAAUCCAUCUCAGUGGGUCACACGGACCCCUGCUUAACCGAUAUCAGCUCAGCGGGCGUAUUAACUAUGGAUGACGUCAGUCUUUGCUGUAUGUUAUUCACAAGGGCACAGCUGCCCUUCUUCAGAGACACAUCACUAAGCUGCUACUGUUCCUGCCCUCACUGGCGAACUGUGCCAGAGUCUGUGGCUAUAUUUAGCACUGCCUGUUUGGUUUUGGGUGCAGAUUAAUGUGAAGAGAUGAAAAUGGGAGCGAGGGAUAUCCGAACCUCUCCGAUGACGGAUUUUAUGGAGGAGCCCGCAGCCUGUGAUGGGAGCUAAAGGUUUAUACUGCUGGUUGUAGUCGCUUCCUGGUGGAUCUUUUGGUGUGAGCCUGCAUCUCCUCUGCAGAUAGACGGUCUUCAGGAGUGGGCCGCUGUUUGUCCUUUGCUUUGAGGGUGACUGUGAGAGUGAAAGCAAGGCAUUCUGGGAAUCCCAGCCAGCCCUGGAUGUGGUUGAGUCUCAGCUAUCAGCAGCAGAAGAAAAGUUUGUCCAAUGCUGCCCCUCUAUAUACUGAAGCUCACCUCCAGGGGCAUCAUGAGUGGAUAACGGGCGUGGCCGGAGGCGGUGCAUAGGUGAAGGGGUGGAGCCACUGUGGUGGAUGGGCAGUUUUUAGUAGGAGGAAGGUGCUGUAAAUGAUGACCAGUCUUUUCCGCCGGAGUAACACGAACAGUAACCAUGGCAGCGGUACACGAGGGGGCGACGCUGCCUCAGGAGAGCUCAAUAACAGGAGGCCUCCACGUCAGGUCCGGCGUUUGGAGUUUAGCCAGGCUAUGGACGACUUUAUGACGAUGUUCCCCAGCAUGGAGCAUGAGGUUAUCGAGUGUGUCUUGAGGGCCAACCAUGGUGCUGUCGACUCCACCAUUGACCAGCUACUGCAGAUGAGCUUGGACAGCCAGGCCACGGAUGACAGCUCGGAUUCUGAGGACAGCAUCCCUCCAGAGAUCCUGGAGAGAACGCUGGAGCCGGACAGCUCAGAUGAGGAGCCUCCACCCGUCUAUGCGCCACCCUCCUAUGACAUGCACAUCUAUGACAGAAAACAUCCCGCAGAUGUUCCAUCCACACCACCACCCAGGUUCAAUGAUUAUCCCCCUCCUGGGCAUCAGCAGGUUGGCAGAUACAGGAACUGGAAUCCACCGUUACUAGGCAACCUCCCUGAUGACUUCCUGCGUAUCCUGCCUCAGCAGUCAGAAAGUCUUCAGCGUUCUCAGAGCAACCUGUCUCAGCCUUCCUCCUCCUCCUCUUCCUCCCUGUCGUCCCUGACGCAGCUUUCGUCCAGCAGCAGUGCCCUGUCAGGUGGUGUUUGGUCAUCUGAACAGGACAGUAUGUUAAAACAGUACUUAGAGGACGAGCGAAUAGCCCUUUUCCUGCAGAAUCAAGAGUUCAUGAAAGAGCUACAGCGUAACAGAGACUUCCUCAUAGCUCUGGAGAUAGGUGAUAAUUGUGGCUCGGCGUCUGAGGAGGCCUGUUCAUCAGUCUCUGACGAUGCCUUAUUCCUGGAGAAACUCAAGCACAUGGGCAAAUCUACAAGGAAGAAGCUCUUUGAAAUUGCUAGAUCAUUCUCGGAGAAGACCAGAAGAAAGAAGUCCAAAAAGCGAGGUCUGCCCAAACACCAGUCAUAUCCUCACAGUCGCUGCCUGGAGUUUGCAUCUAUUCUGAGCUCUGCAACCUCCACCGUCAAUCUCCUGGAAGAAGUAGAAGGUCCGCCAUCGGCCGAGGAUGACAGCCAAUUUAAGAGACUCUCAGGAAGAGAGGAAGGGGAGGAGUCAAAGGAAGUGAUGUAAUGAUGGAUGAAUCCUGGCAGGAGCAGCCAGUGGUUUCUGCUUUAGAGAGCAGCUCUGAAGACCGAAGAAUCGUGAAGAUCGAGAUUUUACUCAUUAGUUUCCUGCAAUGCUUAAUUAAACCUGAGCCAUAAAGUCAUCAUAGUUCUAUAUUGUUUGUAAUAUACUGGUUUCUGAUGAGUUGUAGCAGAUCUGGUCUGUCGGGACAGUGCUCAUGCUGUGCUGGGACUCAGGACUCAGAACAUCCACAAGCACAAAACCUCAUUGCUCAGCUUGAUAAGAAAAUCUGUGUUUAUCUCAGGAGAAUUUAAACGGCCUGGAGCCCAUGUACAGGUCCUGCCAUGUUUAUAGAUAACCCUCUUCCCAUUUCCCAUGAUCUUAUUUGAUAGGUUUUACUUUGAUAACCGUGUGAUUGAUUAAAAAAUAGUUAUCAGAUUUAGUUGCUAUGUUGCGAUGGGUUUUCAAUCAACCAACUGAAAUCACGCUCAAGACUUUUUCGAAAAUUCUGCUUCUUUUUACCAUUCAUUCCUAAAAUUAACAGUCAUAUUUUAUUCUUAGUGUUAAGUAAGGUCUGGUUGUGUGUAUUGACACUGGUAUAGUAAUUAUUAAAACUAUAUUGUAAUUUUCACAUGUUAGAGCUUUCAGCUCGCUGUAAAUUGCUAUUGAUUUUCAGAGGAUCAUUUUGUUUGUUAUUAAAUAAAUUACAUUUUGAAACCAG